AUGGGAUCUGGCUCCCGCUCUGCUGGAAUUCGUCAACUCCCUCCUUUGGACGAGGACUGCACUUACUUGGUUGGCAUAUGCCGGCCCGUUUUUGAGGAAGAAAUGGGAAAAGUGGCCAGGUAUUCUCGACAUGCUUUGACUAUUAUGGCCCUAGAUACAUCCGACCACAGUGAUGCUUUUCUGUUCGACUGGCAUCAUAUUGAAAAGCAGCGGAUGAAAGAUAAAGAUUUAUCCAUUGUUCGAAGAAGUCAGGAAGCUGCACACAAAGAAAUGGAGUUCUUGCAAUCCCAGAAUGUUUUGUUAGCUCGAAGAUUGGUUGAAUGUACGAGAUUCACCCUUGAGGAAGUUUUGCAGUCAUUCAAAAAUGCUUUAGACCAAGUAGAAUAUUUCUACCACCCACUGAAACUUUCCAUGGAGGAAAUCCAGCCGGAUCAAGCCAUCAUGGAUGGAAAUAUCAUCUUCCUGCGAAAGUAG